UGAUUUGCCUAGGUUUAGAGAGGAUGAAGAACGAGAACGCUGCAGCGACGCCUGAGUACGCGAUAGCUAAAAUAAUGGUGUGGUGGGACAUGAAGGACUGUCCAAUUCCCGGGGGUUAUAAUGCUCGUCGGUUCCGUCGGAGUAUAGAAGGGGCGUUCAACAAUCUAGGCUACUCUGGUCCUGUCUCCAUCACUGCCUAUGGCGACCAAACACAAACUCCUGACCAUCUCCUGCACGCGCUCUCUUCAACUGGAAUCGCUAUUGCACAUGCCAGAUCCGAAAGCACAGCCUCACUCAUGUAUUCGGAUAUGGUGAAAUGGCGAGGUCAUAAUCCUCCUCCGGCUACAAUGAUGUUCAUAUCCGAUCAGGUGGACUAUGUCUUCUCUUUGGAUCUGAUCCGGCUACAACAAAAGACGCUAUACAACCUCUUUCUGGGUUAUUCGGUUCGUUCUAAAGCCAUAGCAGAGUUGCUCACCUCUGCAGAGUGGCGCUGGGAAAAAUUACUAUGGUCGACCCCUGUGGUUAAUAAACAUGAAGAAAUUAUUUCUGCCAUGUUUUAUUGUAAAUCGUGCCAAUUCGAUUGCCAAAGCCUGGAGAUAUUCAGGAACCAUCUCUCGAGUAGUAAGCAUGCAUGGCAAGAGGUUAGAAAACCUACUGCUCGACAACUUGCCCCUGUAACGCGCAAGUGGGGAAGGAACUACCCGGCCAAGCCUGAGUACGCCACAGCUAAAAUAGUGGUGUGGUGGGACAUGGUAGACUGUCCGAUUCCCGAGAGUUUUGAUGCUACUCGGGUCCGUCCAAGUUUAGAAGGAGCGUUCAAGAAUUUAGGCUACUCUGGCCCUGUCUCCAUCACUGCCUAUGGUGACCAAUCACAAACUCCUGAUCAUCUCCUGCGAGGGCUCUCUUCCACUGGAAUCGCUGUUUCACAUGCCAAUUCCCAUCGUAGACUCAUGCGCAUGAUUUCUGAUUUGCAUACAUGGCUAAUCAAGAAUCCUCCUCCAGCUACAAUUAUGCUCAUACUCGAUGAUGUAGAUGAUGUUUUUUCAAAUUUUGUUUCCGGGUUUCAACAAAAGAAGAAAAACAACAUUUUCCUCGCUUACCCAUAUAGGCGUUACAAAAUGUCUGCCGUGGUCACCUCUGCAGAGUGGCUCUGGGAAAGCUUACUGGCAGUUUCAGAGACUAGAAGACACGUUCUUCAGAGGUGCAGUCAAAGGGGUGAAUCUACCCAAAUGUUUGAUUGCAAAACGUGCUGUUUUGAUUGCAAUAGCCUUGAUCAUUUCAGGAAACAUCUCUCGAGUAGAAAACAUAAAUGGGGAGAGUACCGUAUCCAUGCGGAUGUUCUAGCAAGCAAGUACGAUCUAGAACGUAUUCGAUUAGGCAGGGAGCUUAUGGAAGAAGAUUUUGAAAUGAACGAACGUGUGGGAAAACAUCUAAAACGUUCGAGGAAGACAUUCCGGACUGGUUUUCGGCCUUUUCAUGAUCACUUGCAUCUUAUUAAUCGUAGAGCUUAAUAAUCUUAUAGCCGGAUCUGGCUCAAGUGUCUACCCAACGGCCACAUGAUCAGCUGGCAGCUUUGAGAGGGAGUUAAUGAAUUCGGUCUAGUCCUCGAAGCUUUUUUUUUAGUUUCUGUCUUUGUUUCAGGAUACUCGUUUGGACUAUUUAUUUUUCGUUUCGUUAUUUUUAUUUUAAACUAUUAACUUUUAAAUUAGUUAAUCAUAUUUACAAUUA